AUGGGGGUUGAAGUAGCAGACUGCAGUAGUGGUGCAAGUGCUCAAAAUAUCACGGGAUCGGAAGCUAUGACUGUAGGCCACGAAAAGGCAAAGGAACAGCACAUGCACGUGAAGCGAGACUCGUACACAACAGCAGCUACUUUUGUUGCAGGUGGUGUGGCGGGCGCAUGUAGUCGCACACUGACAGCCCCCUUGGACCGCAUCAAGAUUAUUGUUCAGGAGGGUCAUCUUGUGAGUGGCACUGGAAAAAAGUCGCUUCUUAGACCGGCACAACUAAUUGACGUCUUUCACUUAAUUCGGAAUGAUGGCGGGUGGUCCGCUUUCUGGCGCGGGAACGGGGUAAACUGCCUCAAGGCGGGUCCGGAGUUUGCCUUAGUUUUUACACUCCGUCGGUACUUCCUGUCGCUUUACGAGGACAGUUUAGAUGAAGAAACGGCCCGCGUAACGGAGUGGGAGGCCGCAAUGAAGGCAACGGGCUCGGAGCCUAUUGCAUAUGAUUUGUCUACGGUAUCUGUGUUACCGGCCCCACUUAACCGCUGGUUUACGCUCACCAGCAUUCCGCGCAUACUUCUAAACUUCCUCAUUGGCGCCUGGGCAGGGUUUGGUGCGCAGCUUACGCUGUAUCCUCUUGAAGUAAUCAAAACACGCAUGGCCGUUUCGAGGAGGUCGGAGUACCCGGGCGGCAUGCGGCAGGUGAUAUAUGACACGUACAAAAAUAGUGGAAUUUCUGGCUUCUAUCGUGGUCUCACCCCCAAUAUGGUGGGAAUCUUCAUCUACCGCGGAUUAGAAGUCGGUAUCUAUUCUACUGCACAGCAGCAGAUGAUAAUGUACAGGAUGAAUAAUUACGGUAUGAGCCGUCACGAUUCAUCUCUUUCCUCCAUUGAAACGGCUGCCGUUAGUAUGUUCGCCUCCAUGUUUGCACAAACGGUAUCAUAUCCACUCAACGUCGUGCGGACCCGACUGCAAACGCAGGGCACCAACGGACGUGCAGUGAAAUAUAAAGGCAUGACUGACUGUUUCGUGAAGAUGGUUAGAACGAAAGGUGUAGGAUCCCUAUUCUCAGGCAUAUCAGCGAACUAUCUGAAGGCAGUGCCAGCUAGUGCUUCCAUGUUUGUUGUAUUCGAAAAGGUUCAGAGCAUUUUGGUCGGUGAUGACUAA